AUGCCUUACGAAUUCGCACACUUCCUUGACUUUCAUCUUUACGAUAUAUUUUUCUUACUUCAAGAUUUGGCUAAAAGGCUGUUCUUGGAUGGUGACAAAUUACUUCAAAAUCAAAAAUCACAUAAGUUCAGUCCAAUAGAGCUGCAUGCAAUAAGUGAGAGAUUUAAAAUGGCAUGCCCACCAACAGAAAAACUAGAUCAAAUGUAUGACUUUAGCCACAUUUUAGAUUUUUGUUCACAAGUGACUUCUCUCAGUAUUGAAGGAAGCUAUGAAAACAUGGGCACAAGCAAUAUAAUACCAAAUGACCUGAAGUUUGACCUUAUACCAUUCAAGACAUUGAUGGAUUUAAAAAUUAUUGGGGUGCCAAUGGCAUGCAUUCAAAGUGUUGGUAGUCUUCGAGAAACACUUGCCAGUCUAUCGGUGCUAAUAGCUAGCGUUGUGUCGCUCAAUGAAUUCUUGCUCGUUGACGUGCUGCAUAAAGACCCAUCUAGCAUUGCUGAGACUGUGGAUUUAAGGCUUGAGACGUGGAAGAAGCUGUCUGUUAUAAAUUUCGCGAGCAACAACAUCGAGAGCGUCGAUUGGGCGAUAAAACUCGUACCGAGACUGCAGCACCUCUCUCUCUCUUCCAACCGUCUGACCGAGCUCUGCGAUAUAUCUUGCCUCCACGAGCUGCGUGUCCUCAACCUAUCCAUGAACAGUUUCUCGCUGUGCGAGAACUGGCACGCGAAGAUCGGGAACGUGGUAAAAAUCGACCUCUCGCAGAACAAGGUCGUUUCGCUGGUCGGCUUCUCGCGUCUCUACUCCCUGGAGAGUCUGGACCUGAGUUGUAACCUAAUAACGGACGUAGAGGAGGUGCAGCACAUAUGCAAGCUACCCUGUUUGGAGUAUCUGUGGCUGACCGCCAACCCAGUCGCCUCGUCCAUAGACUACAGGGUGAAGGUCAUAGAGCAGUUCGACGCGCGAAUGGCCGAAUUGUGUCUGGACAACGAGAAACCCUCCGAGAAGGAACUGGACACGGCGAGGGUGCUCCAAGCCCUGAGGAUCGUCAAGGAGGGGAAGACACCAAGCUUUCUGGAGAACACCAACACGAGCCACAGUUUCCACAAGAGU